AUGAUGAUCUUUUUAAUAACAGGUAUUUUAUUCUUUAUUUCAAUAUUUGGAUUUAUUUUCUAUUUAAAUAUGACAAGUAAUCCAAUUGUUUGUGGACCAAUUAAAGAAAUCAUUCUUCCAACUAUUCAAGUACUUGGAGAUACUUCUAUUCUUCAAAGAUUAACACUUCAAGAAAUACCAAUUUAUCAAGAAAUAAUUAGUUAUUAUCCACAAGCACAAAUUUAUCUUAGUCUUUUUAUUAAGAAAGCAUCUGUUAUUGGAUUAAAUUCACCAAUUUUGUUAAUAGUUAUAGGAAUUUUCCUUCUAUCAAAGAAAAGUAUUCAAACUACAAGAAUCACUGUUGUUUCAUUAAUCACAACAAUAAUAAUUAUGUUGACGUCAAUUGAAUUUAUUACAAAAACACAUGACAUUCUUUCAUGCAUUAUUUGUUCAUUAAUAAUAAUAAUUUUGAUUUUAAUUAUUGUUAAUUUUAUGAUCUCAUAUGGACAUUUAUUCUUAUUCCCAAUUAUUCUAAUUAACUGUUGCUCAGUUGUAAUUGGAUUAUAUCGAGUCUUUGUAAUAGAAGUAUUCAUUUUAUUUAUGAUUGUUUACAUCUUUUCAUUACUUUACAUUUAUUUCUGGUCAAGUGGAUAUGCUGUAUUUGCAUCAACAUUAAUCUUCAUUGGAAUAAACCAAUUACUGCCAUUAAGAAGUGGUUAUUUACUUGCAACUAUCUUCUUAGUAACUGGUUCAAAAAUUAAUUGA